AUGGGCAUGGUGACACUUUUUGGUCUCUGUUCCAGCAUGGCACUCUGGUCCAGAAUAUCUCCUGCACCUGCCAGCUCUGUCAUGAUAUUGUUUCUAGUGAAACAGGCCAAAGGAUCUCUGCUGGAAAAAACCACUACUGGAUGGAACAAAUAUAAACAAGAAUGCUUGAAAAUGCUGCAGGAAUCAACUGUAGAUACUGGAAUACAUUGUAAUGGGACAUUUGAUCAGUUUGUUUGCUGGCCUUACUCACCCCCAGGAAAUGUCUCUGUUCCUUGUCCUUCAUAUUUGCCGUGGUCGAAAAAUGGAAGUGUAGGAAAUGUGUACAGAGUCUGCUUGGAUGAAGGGACUUGGCAAACGAAGGAAAACUCCACAGACAUUUGGCGUGAUAGUUCAGAAUGUUCUGAGAAAAAUAAUUUAAAAAAAAAUGAAGAAGAACAUAAAUUGCUUACCACAUUACAGCUCUGGUACACUAUAGGAUAUUAUUUUUCUCUCAUCUCACUUGUAUUAGCUCUCCUCAUACUUUCUUCACUCAGAAAACUUCACUGCACAAGAAACUACAUCCAUAUGAAUUUAUUUGCAUCUUUUAUCUUGCGUGCCACAGCAGUUCUUAUAAAAGACACUGUAUACUACAAUAUUUACUCCAAAAGACCAAAUGAUGAAACUGGAUGGAUAUUAUACCUCAGUCCUGAGAUUGUAGUCAUUUGCAGGACUGCCCAGUUUUUCAUGCAUUACUUUGUUGGGGCAAAUUAUUUUUGGCUAUUAGUAGAAGGAAUUUAUCUGCAUACGUUAUUGAUAACUGUUGUACUUUCUGAAAGACGACUGCUACAGACAUAUAUUGUGAUAGGAUGGGUUGUUCCCAUCCUGUUUGUGGGCCCUUGGGGAAUAAGCAGAUCAAAACUGGAGAACACAGGAUGCUGGGCAACGAAUGAACAUAUGGGAAUCUGGUGGAUCAUCCGAGGACCAAUGUUAUUUUCCAUUACA